AUGAAGCAAAACAGACCAGAGAGACCUCUACCUCCAUUUCCACAAAGAUUUCAGACUCAAAAGCAAGAUAAGCAGUUCAGGAGAUUCCUAGAUGUGCUGAAGCAACUCCACAUCAACAUUCCGCUUGUGGAGGCGUUCGAGCAAAUGCCUAAUUACGUUAAGUUUAUGAAGGAUAUUCUUUCGAAGAAACGUAGGCUAGGUGAGUUUGAGACGGUGGCACUAGCUAAAGAAUGCAGUGCAAUAUUGAAGAAUAAGCUGCCACCCAAGUUGAAAGUAAAGUUAGGAAUUGGUGAAGCAAGACCCACCACUGUUACUUUGCAAUUAGCUGACAGAUCUUAUGCUCAUCCAGAAGGGAAAAUUGAAGAUGUGUUAGUGAGGGUAGACAAAUGCAUAUUUUCAACAGAUUUCAUUGUGUUGGAUUAUGAAGCAGAUAACGAGGUGCCAAUUAUCUUGGGUAGACCCUUUUUAGCUGCAGUCAGGACAUUGAUUGAUGUGCAAAAGGGUGAAUUGACCAUGAGAGUCCACGAUCCGCAAGUCACUUUCAACGUGUUCAAGGCAAUGCGUUUUGCUGACGAGGUGGAGGAAUGUUCAGCCAUUAAUGUUCUGGAUUCACUAGUGGAGGCAGAAUUUGAGAAGAUAUGCUCAGAAAAGCUGAUACAAGAGGAUGACCUGGCUGAUUUUGAGGCAGAAGAGGACAACAAUGAUAGUCAAGUAUCAUGGAUGGAGGGUAGGCACACAUCAACCAGAUCCAGGGGGCAAGUCGAAUCACUGGAAUUAUCAGAAAGGACCUUUAAGCAACAUAAACCCUCUGUGGAAGAGCCACCUGUGUUGGAACUAAAGCCUCUACCUGCACAUUUGAGGUAUGCAUAUUUGGGUGAUUCAGACACUCUUCCAGUAAUCAUUGCUUUUGGACUAAGUGAUAUACAGGAAAUGCAACUGCUGGAGGUGCUGAGGAAGUUUAAAAAAGCAAUAGGAUGGACAAUUGCAGAUAUUAAGGGAAUUAGUCCAUCCAUAUGCAUGCACAAAAUUUAUCUCAUUUCAGACAGUCAGUGGGUGAGUCUAGUGCAAUGCGUACCCAAGAAGGGAGGAGUGACUGUGGUACCGAAUGAUGCUAAUGAGUUAAUCCCCACACGCACAAUCAAAGGCUGGAGAGUCUGCAUGGGCUACAGAAAAUUGAACAAAGCCACUAGGAAAGAUCAUUUCCCAUUGCCAUUCAUUGACCAGAUGUUGGACAGGCUAGCUGGCAGAGAGUACUACUGUUUUUUGGAUGGGUAUUCUGGGUAUAAUCAGAUUGCAAUAGCACUAGAAGACCAGGAGAAGACUACCUUUACUUGUCCAUAUGGGACUUUUGCAUUCAGGAGGAUGCCUUUUGGGUUAUGCAACGCCCCUGCCACCUUUCAGCGCUCUAUGAUGGCCAUCUUCUCAAAUAUGGUGGAACAAUUCUUAGAGGUCUUUAUGGAUGAUUUUUCAGUGGUUGGGGAUUCUUUUCACAACUGUUUCAAAAAUUUGGAAGGAGUUCUAAAGAGAUGUGAGGAGACAAGUCUAGUUUUAAACUGGGAGAAAUGUCACUUCAUGAUGACAGAAGGAAUUAUUCUUGGUCACAGGAUAUCUAAGCAGGGGAUUGAGGUAGACAAAGCUAAGAUAGAGAUUAUUGACAGGCUGCCGUCCCCUACAUCAAUCAGAGGAAUAAGAAGUUUCUUGGGUCAUGUAGGUUUUUACAGGAGAUUCAUCAAAGACUUCUCAAAAAUCUCAAAACCUCUGUGUUCAUUGUUGGAGCAGAACACUCCCUUCAAUUUAGAUGCGGAUUGCUUGCAGGCAUUCAUGGAGCUGAAAAAGAGACUUACAACAGCACCCAUUAUUGUGGCUCCAGAUUGGUCAUUACCAUUUGAGUUGAUGUGUGAUGCUAGCGACUUUGCAGUGGGAGCAGUUUUGGGCCAAAGAAAAGACAAGAAUUUUCACUCUAUCUACUAUGCAAGCAGAACACUGACUGAGGCACAUUUGAACUACACAACCACUGAGAAGGAACUUCUAGCUGUGGUGUUUGCAUUUGAUAAGUUCAGGGCAUACUUGGUGGGAACCAAAGUUGUGGUGUACACUGACCACUCGGCUAUCAAGUACUUGAUUGCAAAGAAGGAUGCAAAGCCUAGGUUGAUUAAAUGGAUUUUGUUACUCCGGGAGUUUGAUUUAGAGAUCAGAGACAGAAAGGGGACCACAAAUCAGGUUGCAGACUAUUUGGCCAGAUUAGAGGAACGGGUCCCCCAGAGAGACAAAAAGGCAAUAAAGGAGACUUUCCCAGAUGAGCAGUUGUUCAGAAUUAAUCAGUUGGAUGCACCUUGGUAUGCUGAUGUCGUGAACUACUUGCAAUGUGCCGGCCAGAUUUUAAGAAGAUGUGUCCCUGAGGAAGAAAUGGAGAGCAUUCUACAUCAAUGCCAUUCAUCACCUUAUGGUGGGCAUUAUGGUGGAAUUAGGACAACUUCAAAGAUUUUACAGUCUGGAUUCUACUGGCCAACCAUUUUUAAGGAUGCUCAUGCAUAUGCGUUGCAAUACGACAGAUAUCAGUGGACAAGAAACAUCUCCAGGAGGCAUGAGAUGCCUCUAAAUAACAUCAUGGAAUUGGAUUGUUUGAUGUGUGGGCCAUAG